CCUUCCGCGGCUUCUCCCUCCCCUCUCUCUCUCUCACCCUCUCUCUCUCUCAAAGCGUCUGGUACGCGUUUUCUCUCUCCAGUCCCUCUCCCUCUCCCUCUCUCAUGGCGGCCAAUCAGAAAACCCAACUGGACGAGAAAUGGGAGGCGUGCCUAGACAUCACUCUUCGCCGCUCUUUUUACUCUACCAUAGCGGGCACACUCGCUGGUCUCAUUUUCUUCAGGAGCCCUACAGCUCGAUGGGCAUCUGUAGCCUUUGGUGCAGGAAUGGGUAUUGGCUCGGCCUAUAGUGACAGCUCUCGAAUUUUUGGUGGGUCUUUUCCAAAUUGGCCACCGUCUUCAGGAGCUCCUUCCCCAUCAUCAACUCCCUCUUACCCAAGUGACUGAUCAGUGAUCAACAAAGGCAUAUGAGGAGUGGUGUUUGCUUUGAGGUGAUGAAUUUCAGAAUUGAGCUUUUCAUUCGAUUUUUCUUGCUGUAAUUUGAUAUAAAUGUGCUUUUAAGAAUAAUUUUUCCUUUCAACUCCUUUUUGCUGCCAAAUGGUUUUUGCUUGGAAUUGGAGCUGGCCACAUGCAAUUUUUUGUUUUUGCUGUGGCUGGUAUGAAUAUGUACUUUUAAGAAUUUGUGAAAUGCUUAAUAACGAGUCAUUUUCUGAAAAUGAAUGCAAGAGAAAAUAUUUCCGUUC